AUGGAGGCGCCAGAUCCGGAUGUGAUGCUCUUCAAGCAAGGUCUGGACCUGCGGCUGAAGGAGUUUGAAGAAGAUUGCAAGCGAAUCCAGCAGACUGAGCAAAGAUUACAGGAGAAGAUCGACAGCGCUGCUGCGGACUACGAGCAGGCGAUCCAUGGCAUGGCCACGGCUACGGACGCGCGCAUCUUCAAGCGGCUCCGGGAGCAGCAGCGGCAGAUCGAGCUGCAGCAGCAGGAGAUAGACCAGGUCCGCUUUGAGAAGGAGAUUCUGCAAGAAGAGACCAAACGCUUGCGGGAGAUCUCCCGGAAAGAUGCGAUGACCAAGAGGCACGACGACCGCCGGGACCUGCGAGGCUUCCCGCAGCUCCACGGCGCCUUCGAUGCCAAAACGGCUGUGCAGCCGCUGCCGGGAACAAGGGAUCAGGUGUUAUUCGGCGGGCGUAGAUAG